AUGGUACCCGAGAAGGUAACAUCCAUUUGCUGUAUCGGUGCUGGGUAUGUUGGUGGGCCUACAUGCUCGGUCAUUGCACAGCAGUGUCCGGAAAUCAAGGUGACGAUCGUGGAUGUAAAUCCGCAACGGAUCGCGCAGUGGAAUUCAGAGGACUUGAGCCAGCUGCCCGUAUUUGAGCCGGGCCUCAUGGACAUUGUGCGCGAGUGCCGAGGACGAAACCUGUUCUUCACCACAGACAUUGACGGAUCCAUCGAAGAAGCACAAAUCGUGUUUGUUAGCGUCAACACACCAACGAAGACGUCGGGUGUGGGUAGUGGCUAUGCAGCAGACCUUCGAUACGUGGAAGCAUCGACAAGACGUAUCGCACAUGUAUCGGAGACGUCCAAAGUCAUUGUUGAAAAGUCGACAGUGCCGUGCCGCACGGCUGCAUCCAUGCGUGCGAUCCUCGAGUCGAACAGCAAGCCGCACGUCGAGUUUCAGAUCCUGUCGAACCCGGAGUUCCUGUCGGAAGGCACUGCGAUCCAGGAUCUGCUCCGUCCAGACCGUGUUCUGAUCGGCAGCCUCGCGACGCCCGCAGGCCGCCAGGCCGCAAGUCUGCUAAGUGGCUUGUACCAACACUGGGUGCCGGAAGAGCGCAUCCUGCACACAGGUCUAUGGAGUAGUGAGCUUAGCAAGCUCGCAGCGAAUGCACUGCUUGCACAGCGCAUUUCGUCCAUCAAUGCGAUCUCUGCCAUUUGUGAAGCCACAGGCGCAAACGUCGACGAGGUCGCGCAUGCAUGUGGUCUGGACCGGCGCAUUGGCCCGCACUUCUUGCGUGCUAGUGUGGGCUUUGGUGGCAGCUGUUUCCAAAAAGACAUUCUGAAUCUGUCAUAUCUAAGUGAGAGUCUCGGCAUGCCGCAGGUGGCUGAAUACUGGCGCCAGGUGAUCGCGAUGAACGAGUACUCCAAAUCACGUUUCGCAAGAAAGGUUGUGCGGACGCUCUUUAAUACCGUUACAUCGAAGCGCCUGGCUAUGCUCGGCUUUGCGUUUAAAAAGGACACUGGCGACACGCGCGAGUCUCCGGCCAUUUCCCUGUGCAAGCAUUUCCGCGAAGAAGGCGCGUACCUUGCGAUUUACGACCCUAAGGUGAAGCGCGAGCAGAUCUACCUCGACUUGUCGGAACCUGGCGUGAUCGAUGAUCGCAAGUCUCUCGAGGAGACUGUCUCUGUGUGUCCUUCGGUGCUUGAUGCUUGCUAUGAUGCUGAGGCUGUGGUCAUUGCCACGGACUGGGAUGAGUUUAAGCAUAUUGACUGGUCCCUCGUGUACAAUGUGAUGCGGAAGCCAGCAAUGGUGUUUGAUGGUCGACGCGUCACUGAUCCUACGCAUCUUCGCGACAUUGGGUUCAGGGUACACGCUGUGGGCAUUGGACCAGAACUGCAGGAUGAUGUGUGGGUGUAG